AUGGAGGCAACGACCAAAGAUGCCCUUCCUGAAAUCUCAGGAUAUGAAAGGAUGAUUUCAGCUGGGGUUUUCAUCAUCAUUGCCGCAGUCGCCAUCUCUGGAAACAGCCUGGUCAUCCUGGCAGUCCUCCUUUCCAGGAAACUCCAGACGACGACGAAUAUCUACGUCCUUGCAGUAGCAAUCACGGAUUUUCUCAUUUCGAACAUCCAGGUCGUCCAAGCCGUUAUGUUGCUUGUGAAGAGUAGGUCCACGUUCUUGCUGAAGGUGUGCUCUGGAGCAGCGGCGUUGAAUUUCGUUUUGUUAGGGUGCAGUAUGGGCGCUCUGAUGCUCAUCGCCGUGAAUCGUAUGCAGAUCGUCACCAGCAAGCCGUCGUCCACCUCGAAGCCGACAGCCAGGAAAGCCGUUGCCAGUAUCAUCGUCGUCUAUGCGCUCAACGUCCUGGGCUUGGUAGGGGUGGUGUUGAUUGAUGGGCUCAGGUUCGGAAACGUUCGGGGAACGUGCAACUACUUGGGAGGAAACUUCGUUGAUUAUGCCAUUGGCGUGUACAUAUUCUGUCUGUUGACUGUCAUUAUUGUCUGCUAUGGUCGAAUCUAUUACCAUGUCAGGCGCCACUACCGUCAAGUCGCUCAAAUGAAAAUCAGGCCUUUCCCAACCGCAAGACAAUACAAUCCAAGAAGCCUAAAGGCCCCUAAUGUAGACAGAGACUCAUCUCCACCAGCCUCUCCAAGCUUGAAUCCAAUAUUGAAGGUUAAUACGCGAAGUACUUCAAUUGCGGGACCAAGUGCUUGUUCGAAAACACCAGGGGUAGCUUUCGGACAAAGGAUUGCAUCUACAUCUGUUGGCGUUUUCGAGUUGUCGAAGUCUCCUUGCGAGCGAGCUUGUCGGCCAGAGCCUGGAGAAAUAAUAUCGCAGAAGUUUGGGGAUGAUACUCCAAUCACCCAGGUCACCAUUUUACCACCACACAAAGAUUUAAGCCUGAUUAACACAGCCAAUCUUCAAAUGAAGAGUGGAGGUUCUUCAGGUGCUGAAACAAUGUCAAAUACAAACGAAAUUGCAAUGACAGCUGGUACUGAGGUAAAGAACAUCGGCUGCAAUCGUCAAGAACAUAAUUCAAAGCACGGAGCUAAUGUGGUAGCUUUAAGUUGUAUAAAAGAAAAUCCUAGUUCGUUCGUCCCAAAUGAUCAAACACUCGACGGGUCCAAGCUGGCUUCAGGUGCGGCUUCAUUCUUGAACCGGUCAGCAAUUCUUCGGACUCCAUCGAAUCGUCAAGGAAAUACUAAACCCCACCGCGUCCGACACCAGGACAAUCGGAUGAAAACUGAAUCGAGGAUAACCUUCAACAUGCUGCUCCUCGUCGUGACAUUCUUUGCCUGCAUGGCACCGACCAUCAUCCAGCUUUUUAUCCCGGGUCAGCAAGAUUCGAACUGGAUCAUUUUCCUGAUUCUAUUUUCCAACUGCUGCUGGAACCCUAUGAUCUACGCCUGGAAGCACCCGGACUUCAAGCACACCUUCGGCUGCAUCAUCCGCGGAAAGUUCUCCAGGAUUAGAGACCCGGUACCUUGGCUUAGACGUAGGAUAACUGCAAGUUGA